AUGCCAAAACCUGAAGAUAAAAAAGGAGUUCAAAGAUUUCUAGGUAUGGUAAACUAUGUUGCUGGUAAAGAAAUGAUUCUGGCAGAUACGUUAUCUAGAGCUCAUUCCAAUGAAGAUGAAAUGAUCACUGAAGUGCAUAUGGUUUACGCAAACUGUUCAUCAGAAGAAAACCUCGAAGAAAUAAAAACAAACACGCUCAAAGAUAUUACGUUAAAUGUAGUAGCAAACUACAUAACAAAUGGAUGGCCGCAGGAUAAAAGAAAGGUUGAAGACUCAGUAAAACCCUAUUGGUCGUUUAAAGAGGAACUGACACUCAUAGAAGGAAUAAUUUUCAAAGGACAAAGAAUUUUAAUUCCAACAUCAAUGCGAAAAGCAACAAUUCAAAAACUACAUCUAGCACACAUGGGGAUUGAAAAAACUAAAAUGAGAGCAAGAGAAACUGUAUUUUGGCCAGGUAUUAACAAACAAAUUGAAGAUUUAGUAAAGUCGUGUGAAACAUGUCUGGAAUACACAAAAAAACAAACUAAGGAGUUAAUGAUAUCAAGCGAAAUACCAAAUCACCCGUUUCAAAUUGUGGGAACGGACUUAUUUCACUGGAAUAAUCAGGAUUUUAUAAUAGUGGUCGACUAUUAUAGUCGUUAUUGGAAAAUCGAAAGGUUACAUAACAUUCAAUCUCAAACGGUGAUAAAGAAACUAAAAAUGAUCUUCUCCAGACUUGGUAUACCGCAGAUAGUACGGAGCGACAACGGCACACAAUUCACAUCUUCAGAAUUCCAAAAGUUCAGUAAAGAGUGGGAGUUUAAACAUAUAACUAGUAGCUCUCAGUAUCAACAAUCAAAUGGAAUGGAAUAA